AUGAACUCUUCAGAUCUAACCAACAACACGUCAAUUGCGACAGCGGUCACGGCUGUAGUCUGUCGUAUUUGGAAAGAAGAAUAUCACCUGGAAAACUACGUCUCCACCUUAGUAGCCAUCAUCCUUAACAUAGUGACUUGUCCAUUGACUAUCUGCAUGAAUCUUUUGGUGAUAGUUGCUGUAAAAACGAAGCCCAGACUUCAGACCGUGUACAACAUUUUGUUGUGUGCCCUGGCGGCGACUGAUAUGGUGGUAGGAGCUGUGAUACAACCGAUUUAUGCCGUGGACGAAAUGUCGCUGUUAACAGGUUCCUCGUUAACUGAAUAUUGUACUCGGUAUCAUAAAACAGUAUUGAUCGUUCUGACCCCGUCCCUAGCUUCAUUGUUAUUGCUGGCAUUGCUAAGCAUGGAGCGUUAUUUGGCAUUGAAAUAUUCCUUACGAUACGCAGAUAUCAUAACCAAGGGUCGGGUAGCCACGGCUGUUAUUACCUGCUGGGUCAUCGCAGUUCUUCCUCCAGUUUUCCUAUAUUCAUUUUCACGCCACGUACUGUCUAUUAUGACAGCUGUUUUCAUAAAGAGUGUAAGCUUUGCAGUGAUUGCGUACUGUCACAUUUCGGUCUUCUUGGUCACCCGUCGUCACAUAAUUCGAAUCAAAUCUGAGCAAGUUUCGCAAGACACAAAGAAGAAGUUUCUAGAGGAGAAGAAAGCUGCGAUAACUACUUCCAUCGUCGUUGGGUUUGUGCUAUUUUCCUUUGUACCAUUAUUGGUGUAUACACUUUUACGGCCGCUUCUUCUUAAAAGUUAUUUUGGCAAUCUGUUUCUCAGUUUUAAACCUGUUUUACAAUCUUUUGUCUUGAUUAACUCGCUGUGCAACCCUAUUAUUUACUGCUGGCGAAGCUCAGUUCUUCGGAAAGCCUUAUUUGAGCUACUUGGAAGAAAGAAUUCUGGAUAA